AUGGAGAAAGGCCUGAUGGUGCUCCGGAGCGUGGCCGGGAGAGACUGCCACACCCCGGAGUGGAAGCUCCGCCCCAAGCAGCACUCCCUCAGCAAGUCGGCCCAGGCCAUCAACCUGUACUACAGGAGGAAGAGCGAGUUCUUGCAGGAUGCCAGCCCCCUGGACAGGACCUUAGCGCUGGAAAUGGAGGAGCUGCGAAGGGUGUUUCUCCAGCGUCCCGGCUGCCCGCAGUUCUGCACCCGGGCCACGUCCAUGUCCAAUUACGGGUCGGCCUCCACCCUCUCCCUGCCCGUGGAGACCUGCCUGAGCUCCAAGGCCUGGAAGUCGACUGAGGACUCGUUCCCUGGCCAGCAGGACUCGGACAUGAAGGUGGACGGGCCCCGCCUCCCCUUCAGCAAGAGCGCCUGCGAGUUCCACUACUUGCGGAAGGCGAGCUGGUCCCAGCCCAUGAGCCCGGUGGGCAGCAGCUCCGCCCUGGGCACCGGCCACCUGAGGAAGCGGAUACCCUGGUACAUUUCCGUCAUCCACGAGAAGGAUCACUGCCUGUCCACGCUGGGGGAGGAGGUCCAGCGCCUCUCCAAGCUGGAGAUGCAGAUGCAGAAGAAAGAUGAGGAGAUCCUGGUGCUCCAGGAGGAGAGGGAGGUCCUGAAGAAGCAGCUGAAAUACCUCCUCAAAAUCAAAAGCCAGGACUCGUCGGUGUACCAGGGCAUGAAGGAGCGGACCUCUGAGUCGGGGCUGAAGCUGCCGGGCAGGCUCAGCAUCCUGAAGACCUUCAGCAAAGAGGAGGAGGAGCUGCAGCGAUGGAGGCAGGCGCAGGAGGAUUAUGUCAUGGCGGACAAAGCCAGGGACCUGGGAGCCGCGGAGGAGGAAGAGGGGCUGGAAGGGGAGCCCCAGAGGGCGGCCGAGGAGGGCGCUGCGGGCGAGCAGGGGGAGGACGGGCAGGAGGCGGACCUGGAGCUGGUGGAGGAAGACGAGGCCCCGCUGGAGCAGGAGGGCGGCAGGAGGCGGUCCUGCUCCCCGGACCCGUCCUUCGAGGAGGAGCUGAUGGCCCAGCUGGAAAAAUAUGAGCAGGUGAUCCAGGAGUUUCAGUUCGAGCUCGAGGUCACCAGGACCCGCUACUCGCUGGCGACAGGAGCCUGCAUAUCCUUACAACGGCAAGUGGACUACCUCGAGUCCCAGCUGCAGAAGAUCAUCACGGAGAAUGAGCUGCUGCAGAAGGAGCUCCGGGAGCGGAAGCAGCAGCUGCAGGCCAUGACCGACAAGUUCUCCAGCAUCCGCGAGGAGAAAAAGCAGAAGGAGGUGAUCGGGCUCGUGGAAAAAGACAACUUCCUCCUCCGACAGCAAGUGUGGGAGCUGGAGCAGGAGCUCAGCAAGCGGGAACAGACCAUCUCCGAGUCCGAGGCCAAGGUCAGCCAGCUGCAGGCCCAGGUGGACCAGAGCCAGAGCCACCUGCAGAGGCAGAGACGCCUGCAGGAGGAGGCGCACGGCAAGAUCGAGGCGGCGCAGCAGGCGGAGCAGCAGGCGCACGUGGCCCUGGAGAGCGCCCAGGCCCGGCUCGAAAGGCUAAGAAACAAGAUCAUCCAGGCGACCUUCAGCACCAUAGGGAUCAAGUCCUUGGCCAACGAGAUCUCCGACAGUGACAUUCUGGAGGCCUUGCAGAGAAUCAUCACCGAGAGGACCGAAUUCUACAACCAGCUGAAGAUGAAAGGCAUUAAGGUGCCCACCCUGCAACAGGUGGAGAUCGUGGCGUCCCUGAGCAAGUCCAAGAAGGUGGCCUCCAAGUAG